AUGGACAGUGAUGAUGAUGAUCUACAAGUGAUUUACGAGAGCUGCAAUGGUGUUGCAAAAGUAGGAAAGGAAGAAAUAAAAAUACAGAACAAACAGGAUGAUGAUUCAUCAGAGAACUGUAGCUCUUCCGCUUCGGCUGGUAGCAAUGCUCAGACUGAUAACGGCGAAUACCAGAUUUGGCGCAAAGAAGAUGGUCUCUUGGAGCAUUUAUACCCUUCCAGCUCAGCUACGUUUUCAAUAAGGCUAUGA